CCCCGGUCAAAGUCGUCCGCGAACGUGUCCGACGCUAACGGCGCCGGCGGCUGUGACGGCGGUCCGGCCGGUCCCGGUAGCGCGGCCGGCAAGCACCAGCCGCAGCCGCAACAAACGGUGGCCGCGUCCGCGGCGUACCACCAUCAGCCGUGCCGGUUGUCGUCGUCCAGCUUCAAAGCGGCCAACAAACCGCGGCCCGUCAUCCGUCGCGAUCUGGGACACGUCAACUCGUUCCCGGACUCGCACCACAAGACGCCGCCGGGCGCCACCGGUUCGUCGUCCACGUCGUAUUACACGCCGCCCCGGAGCCCGUCGCUGAGCGUGACCACGCCGACCGACAAUCCACCGCGCCGCAGUCCCACCACCCCGUCGUCCACGGUGUUCAAGUUCCCGCCGACCACGCCGUCCGGCGGCUCGUCCAUGGCCUAUAACCACUACGCCCGCAGCUCCGGAGGGACCAACCCCAACACCCCGAGAACUUUGCCCAGGAGCCCGUCCACCGGCAGCGCCGCCACCACGUCGUACAACACCAACAGCGAUAGUGCGUCCAACACACACAGGUCCGCAUCUGACUUAACUGAGUGCACAGAAGAUCCAUCCACAAUGCCGGCCUCACUUUCUCGACCAUCAUCACCCAGAGGUCGUGGUCUUGCAUACUUAGCGUCACGGCGAAGCAGUCGUGACUCUCAAUUUUCCAACGAAGAACUAGCACCACUCAACUUUAACACCACGGUUCGUGGAAGGCAAAGGCGAACAUCCAAUUUCCUUGAGCUUCCCGUUCCAGACCAUAUAAGGCCACGUGUAUGCAGUCUUCCAGAAAAACCAUACAAUCCAAGGUCUGGUGAUGAGUUGUAUCGACUUCGAACAUUCAGUAUAACCAAUAAAGGUGGAGUGGUGAAUUGUGGUGAUAGCAUCAUUAACAGAAGAUCCAGAAGUAAUACUAGCGUCAAUUCAACAACUAGCAAACACAGUCCAAGUAAUCUAAGUGGAAUUUCACCUUUCGAUGGUUCGUGUUGCGGUGGCAAUAGUAGUUACAAUGAUUUGAGCUCUGGAGAGUCGAGCGUUGCCGAAGAUAUUCCCAAGUACAGAGUAGUACUUCUCGGCGAAUCAGGCGUCGGCAAAACAGCGCUUGUUUCACAGUUCAUGACAUCAGAAUACAUAAACACGUACGACGCGUCUCUUGACGACGAGUUUGGCGAAAAAACAGUUUCUAUACUCUUAGACGGCGAAGAAUCUGAAAUGGUUUUCAUUGAUCAUCCAAGUAUCGAAAUGUCGGUAGAAAAUUCAAUUGCUACUUAUGAACCACACGCUUGCAUUGUUAUUUACUCGGUAGUUUCCAAAGGAUCGUUCAAAGUGGCUGAAGAAAUCUUAAAUUAUUUGUGGCAAGAGAAUUAUUCUCGCGAGAAGACUGUCAUCGUAGUCGGUAAUAAAGCUGACCUAAUGAGAGCAAGAUGCAUUACUACCGAAGAAGGUAAACAAUUGGCAUGCUCGAGGGAGUGUAAGUUCAUUGAAACUUCAAGCGGUAUUCAACACAAUGUGGAUGAACUGUUGGUCGGCGUUUUGAAACAAAUCCGCCUGCGCGAAACUAGGGACAAAAAGAAACAGAACCAACGGAAGACGGCCAUCCACGGAUCGAAAACUUCACUUUCGUUACAUAUCGCAAAAGAAAUAUUGCAGAAAAUGUGUUUGCUGGACUCCAAGUCAAAAUCUUGUGGCAACCUCCACGUGCUCUAAGUCAAACAACAACAAUAAUUACAAUUACUUGACGUUUUCUAUAAUCCCCUUUAUUUAUUAUCUUACAUUCGUAUACGAUUUCUACACGUGUACAUUAUAAUGUAUUAUGUUGAUACGCCUAAUACAAUCCUUGAACUUCUUUACAGGGACAGAGUUGGAAACCACACGGUUCAGUAACCAUGUGAUAUUUAUAGCAGAUAGGUAUACCAAUCGAUGAUUUAAGCCGACUUUGUAUUGGCCGUAGAUCUAUUUUGAGUGAUUGGCGAGAAGGCAGUGGCCGUCGUAAAAACAAUUAUUACUUUUCUUCGAUAUGAGUAUUCCUAUAUAUGAUGUAUUUUUGUAUUUUCCCAAUUCUGCCGUAACAAAAACGAACGUUUAUAAUACGCUUCCAGGGUCACGGUAUUUGAAACCCUUAAGGUCGGCGGGACUAAUCCCCCGCCCUUCUCCAUCGACUGUUCUAUAUUUUCUUGUGAUAAAUUUAUGUAUACACAGUAAUCAUUUCAAUCUUAAUUUCAAUCGAUCUUUUAUCAGAUUAUAAUAUUAUUAUUAUUAUUAUUAUUACACUAACUAUUAUAAGAGUAUAAGUGUUAUCAUUUUAACUAUUCGAUAUACAUAACAAACGUU